AGAGAUACAAAAUAGCCCGUCUCCCUCAAGGUUUCUGUAGAAUCGUAGCUAUAACUCGGAUUUGAGACUACCAAUAGUUACCUGGCCGUAUUUUUAACCCAUCAUGAAGCUUUCAAGUUUUGGAGCCGCCACCGUUUUGGUAUCAGUGGCAUCGGGUCAUACUAUUUUCUGUCAGCUCAAGACUAACGAAAAAGCAUAUCCCGUGUCACAUGCCAUCCGAACGCCCACGUACGAUGGCCCGCAAACGGAUGUGAAUAACAACAACUUGGCCUGCAACGGCCCUCCCAAUCCGACUACCCCUUCGGACAAGAUCAUUGAUGUAAAGGCCGGCGACACCGUGGGCGCUAUCUGGCGCCACACCCUACAAUCUGGAGCCAACGAUGUCAUGGACCCAGGCCACAAAGGCCCUGUCAUGGCAUACCUCAAGAAAGUCUCGGACGCGACUAAGGACAGCGGUGUCGGCGGUGGCUGGUUCAAGAUCCAGGAGGAGGGUUACAGCAAUGGCAAAUGGGGCACUGACACUGUCAUUAACAACGGCGGUAACCAGCAAAUUAAGAUCCCCGAGUGCAUAGAGAAUGGACAAUACCUUCUUCGUGCUGAGAUGAUAGCUCUCCACGGCGCCAGGUCCCAAAAUGGCGCACAGCUAUAUAUGGAAUGCGCUCAGAUUAAUGUAACCGGCGGCAAGGCAACUAAGAAGCCAGCAACGGCGAGCAUCCCGGGUAUCUACAAGUCUAAUGACCCCGGCCUACUUAUCGACAUCUACAGCAAACCCCCGGGAGCCAGCAGCCCUUACAAGAUCCCUGGACCCUCUGUUUUUACUUGCUAAGUGGUUAUCUAUAGACUAUAGGGGGGUUGAUGCUAUGCCUGUUAGGAGGGGGUAUAUUUGUGUAGUUGUCUCUUUAUAUGCUAGCCCUGAGCUACCAGUAUAUAGUUGAAAUAUCUACAAUAACCCCAGAGAAUAAUAGCAAUGAGGCUUUACGUGAUGAUAGAUGGGCUCGAGGAUGCUAUAGGCUACUAUUG